ACGAGUUUGCUUGAACGCAACGCCGGGAGUCACGUGGUAUAUCGGCGCAUGCGCUUAGCGACAGCAGUAGUUUCAGGCGGGUGGACGGUUAGCCUUCUGAGGCGGUCAGGGGUCUGCUGAAGCCGCUGUGGCUCGGUAACACCGGUAAUUGGCUCCUUCCGGAGACUGGGGCGCGAGGCUCCAGCGCGAGCAGCCAGCGCGCCUGCGCGGAAGUUUAGCACACACCUGGUGACUUCGCUGGCCAAAGGCCUGUUAGCUUGAAGCUAACCGCCUAAGCUACCAAACUCCCGCGCGCGCGCCCUCAAGCUGACUAAGUCAGGUGACUGCGUACACGCGCCUGCGUCGGUUCCAGACCCAGGUCCGUCGAGAACCAGAACUCCGCAAAGAUUCUGUCCUAGCGUGGUUCCAAUGUCGGACAGAGCGGGCGGCACGGAGCCGCCGCUCUCCCCGGAGGACUGCCGGUGUCCGGUCUGCCUGGAGAUCCUCGUGGAGCCCGUCACGCUGCCGUGCGCGCACACAUUCUGCAAGAGCUGCUUCCUGGAGUCCGUGGACAAAGCGACUCUCUGCUGCCCGCUGUGCAGGAAGAGGGUCUCCACCUGGGCCCGACAGCACAGCAAGAACCAGACCCUGGUGGACCAGGUCCUGUGGACUCGGAUCCAGACCGCCUUCCCUCUGCAGUGCCAGCGCCGGCUGAGCGGGCAGGACGCAGACGACGAAGACCGGCUGGCCCCCCUUUGGGUCCCGAGGGUGAGCCUUCCUGGCGAGCUGCGACAGGAGUAUGAGGAUCAGGUGACCAAGCUGAUGGAGGAACGGCGGCAGCAGGAUGAGGAGGAGCAGCAUGCCAGCGAGGAGUACAUCCAGAGGCUGCUGGCUGAGGAGGAGGAGCUACUCCAGCAGGAGAGGAGGAGGAAGCAGGAAGACGAGCAGCUGGCUCAGCUGCUCAGCCAGCAGCUGAACACUCCACCCGCCGGUCAGGACGGUCUUCUGAAGAAGAAGAAGGGCGACCCCGCCCUGGGGCAGAUUGAUAGGUUCCUCAGCCCCCGUCCGGCCCAGACCAACUCACCCCCCCACAGCUUAGUAUUCAAUAAAGAGAACAUCUUUGUCUCGAGGGCGGGGGCUCCGGCAGAACUACAUCAUCGGCACGAAGGAGGAGCGCCAUGUCUGGAGGAGGGGAGGAGGAGGAGGCGGAGCUCGGAGGAGGAGGACGGAGAGGGGGGGCUUUCCAAAAGACUCAUGUCGAAGGAGUUUCAGGGGGAACGCCAGACGGAGGAUCUCCAAAGAAGGGGGCAGGAGGAGGAGCUUCAAGGGAGGUGGCAGCAGGAGGAGGAAGACCGCCGGCUCGCCCUCCUCCUGCAGAAGGAGCUGGACCAGGAGGAGAGGCGGAAAGCCACAGACAGAAGCAAAGGAUCCUCCGACCCUUACCUGCUGCGGCAGAACCGGAAGCUGGAGGCCCAAAGAACUCGCAGAGCCGCCUCGGGGGGGGCCCUGAGGAGCAGCACUUCCCCUUUGGGGGGGGGCCUGAGGAGGAGCUCCUCUAGUAGAGGCAGACAAACCACUCUGACGAAGAUGUUCUCCAGUCUGAGCGGCUGAACCCCCAAGGAGUUUAUUGGGGUGGGGGGGGUGUCUAUUCCUCUGGGUGGGUGGGGGGUCACCCAGUUUUAUUUUGAAAGGUUAUGUGAUUGCAGCAGGUCGCAGACAGUCUGGGUUCCUGCAGUCUGACUGUGAUCCUGUGGGGGGCGCUGUGAUGAGUCCAUCGUCUGAUGUAAAUAAAGGUCCUCAUCAUCUUCC